CAAGAGCAAACCUUGGCCAGGAUCCCUGGGGAAGGCGAAGUCCAGCUUCUCAGACUUUGCUUCCAGGCCUUGGCUCUGUUUCCUAAGGGAAGCAAGAGGCAAACAGAAGGAAUGGCGUACCCCAAAAAAGUCCACCCCAAUGGGAUCUACGAUGCUAUCGUGGUCGGAGCGGGCAUCCAGGGCACAUUCACUGCUCAGCAGUUAUCCAAGCGAAGGCAGAAGACCCUCCUUCUGGACCAGUUCCUCCUCCCGCACACCAGAGGCAGCUCUCAUGGACUAAGCCGCAUCAUCCGCAGCGCUUACCCACAGGACUAUUACACGGCUAUGAUGGGAGAGGCCAUCCGCCUCUGGGCAGAGCUGGAGGAGGAGACGGGAGCCCAGCUCUACAGACGGACGCCCUUGUGGGUCCUGGGGCGCCCCGAGAGCCCCGAGUUCCAGAGUUACCGGCGCACCAUGGAGUGCCAUCAUGUCCCCAGCGAGGAACUGGCCCCCGAGGCUUUUGCACAGAGGUUCCCCGGGUUCCACCUGCCCAGCGAGGAGAUGGCCGUCUCAGACCUCUCCGCAGGGGUCCUGUUCCCGGAUAAGGCCCUUCGCGUGGUCCAGGACCAAUUCCGGCAGAGCGGAGGGACCAUCCGUGAUGGGGAGAAGGUGCUCCAGAUCAUCCCGGGGUCUGUAGUCAGGGUCGUCACCCCAGAAAGGGAGUACCAGGCCAAAGGGAUCGUGGUCACCGCCGGGCCAUGGACCGGACCGCUGCUGGCGCCUCUGGGACUCCACCUGCCCCUCCAGCCCUUGCGUAUCAGUGUCUGCUACUGGAAGGAAAGCCAACCCGGGGUUCUGAGGGAGCUCCCUUCCUUCAUCAGCCUCCACGGAGCAAAACACCACGUUUACGGGCUGCCGGCCGGCGACUACCCUGGCCUUGUCAAGAUCUGUUACCAUUACGGCAACCUUGUGGACCCGGAAACACCUGACCGCCUGACCCAAAGCUCCCCUCCUGUCCCCGACGUCCAGAUCCUGAAGGAAUUCGUCCGGAAAUACCUUCCGGGGCUCGAUCCCGAACCGGCCGUCCAGGAACGCUGCUUAUAUACGAACACUCCAGAUGAGGAUUUUGUGUUAGAUCGGCACCCGUGCUUCAGAAAUAUUGUCAUCGGAGCAGGGUUUUCUGGCCACGGGUUCAAGUUUGGGCCGGUCAUUGGGAAGAUCCUUUGCCAGCUGAGCCUUGGAGAAGAGCCCUCCUAUGACUUGACCCCGUUUCAGAUCAGCCGCUUCCCAAAGGCCGUUUUGUAACCCUCAAAGCCGCAGGAUCUCAACCGCCCAAGAGAGAAACCGGCCUCCAGAUCUGAAAGUCCCUUGCAAACUGGCUCAAUGCCUCGAGCAACCUCCAGGCGACAUUCGUAGGGCUUCAUAGGAUACUCUUAAAUCUAUCUUUCACGUUGUUGGCUUGCAGAGUUCAAGG